AUGAAACACUUCCUUUCGGUAGUUUUAUUCGGGACCGCAGUGGUCGCCCUGGUCAGGGCGACCGGCAGCGAUGGUGAGAUCUCCUUCGAGUACCACCGUUAUGAGGAGCUGCGGAAAGCGCUGGUGUCGGUGUGGCUGCAGUGUCCGACCAUCACCCGCAUCUACACCAUUGGGGAGAGUUUCGAAGGCCGCGAGCUGCUGGUGCUGGAGAUGUCCGACAAUCCGGGGACGCACGAGGCUGGUGAACCUGAGUUUAAAUACAUCGCCAACAUGCAUGGCAACGAGGCGGUGGGCAGAGAGCUGCUCAUUUACCUGGCUCAGUACCUAUGCAACCAAUACCAGCAAGGCAACGAGACCAUCAUCGAUCUCAUCCACAACACCCGCAUCCAUCUCAUGCCCUCUAUGAACCCAGACGGUUUUGAGAAGGCCGCCUCACAGCCUGGAGAGAUUAAGGACUGGUUUGUGGGCCGCAGUAAUGCGCAGGGGGUGGAUCUGAACCGUAACUUCCCUGAUCUGGACCGCAUCAUCUACAUCAACGAGCGGGAGGGUGGAGCCAACAACCACCUGCUGCAGAACAUGAAGAAGGCUGUGGAUGAAAACACCAAGCUAGCUCCAGAGACCAAGGCUGUGAUCCACUGGAUCAUGGAUAUCCCCUUUGUCCUCUCAGCUAACCUGCAUGGAGGAGAUGUUGUGGCCAACUAUCCUUAUGAUGAAACCCGCACUGGAUCCACCCAUGAGUACAGCGCAAGUCCAGAUGAUGUGAUGUUCAAGUCUCUGGCUAGAGCCUACUCCAUGUAUAACCCGGUCAUGUCCGAUCCUCACCGACCCCCAUGCCGCAAGAACGACGAUGACUCCAGCUUCAAAGAUGGCAUCACUAACGGCGGGGCCUGGUACAGUGUGCCCGGAGGAAUGCAGGAUUUCAACUAUCUCAGCAGCAACUGCUUCGAGAUCACUCUGGAGCUCAGCUGCGACAAGUUCCCCAACGAGGACAUGCUUAAGACCUACUGGGAGCAGAACCGUGAUUCGCUCGUCAAUUACAUCGAGCAGGUUCAUCGUGGCGUUAAGGGCUUUGUCCGUGACCUUCAGGGCAACCCGAUUUCCAAUGCCACCGUCUCUGUGGAGGGUAUUGACCAUGAUAUCACCACAGCCAAAGAUGGAGACUACUGGCGCCUACUGGCUCCAGGAAACUAUAAAGUGGCAGCCUCUGCACCUGGAUACCUGACUGUCAUCAAGAAGGUGGCUGUUCCCUACAGCCCUGCAACCAGGGUGGAUUUUGAGCUGGAGUCCCUGAUGGAGAGGAAGGAGGAGGAGCGGGAGGAGCUGAUGGACUGGUGGAAGAUGAUGUCAGAGACACUGAACUUCUAAAGCGUUUGUCUUGCUGAUGAUCGGAGCAUCCCCACAUCGAUGUAAUAUAUUCAACAUUCUGUGUGCCCGUCCACUCUAAAAAAAGAAAAUAUUGUCUUUUUUUUUUUUGGUUGUGUUCUCUUUCCAUUCUUACUUUAAUUAAUUUUGUUGUUUAUUAAUGUAACAGUUUGCCUCACACUCCUGUAGAUUGUUUGAAUAUCCAGGGAAAGACGAAGGAGGAAUUUGCAGGUAGUUUGCUGGCAGUGAGAUUGGUGUUGACUUCCGUGGUACUGUGUUCUUUAUCGUACAUGUGAUUGGUAACCAUGGCACUCACCUAUAUAUCCAAUGAACGACUGACUGAGUAAUAAUGUAUGUAAAAGAGCUGUUUACAUGAUUACCACAAGGCUCUGUCUAUAAAUAUUCUUUUUUCCCCCUUGUUUUAAAUGUCUCUGUUUCUCCAGGCUUUAGUACAAAUGCAUAUACAACACUACUCCACACGAACCCUUUCAAGUCUGAGUAACUGUAAACACGCACUCUGAUACCUACUCAUACUGUUUCCUGUAAAAUAAAAGAUAUCGCACUAUUGUUCUGAGAUAAUCAGGGACAUUAAAAACACUGUAAAAUCACUGUAAACAUCAUAUUGUAAACAGUCUAUACAGUCAAGCUCAUUUCCACAUAUGUUAUUGAUGUUAAGAUUUUUUAAACUUCAGCACAGCUUUGAUUCUAGCACAAGAUUAAUGGUUAUAAUAUAUACUGUAUGAGCUAGGUAUAGCGAGAAUGUUUUUUUCUUUUUUUGUAACUAAAAGAUUAUGAAAAACCACAGAUAUAACACUAAUAAAUCAUUCAACCUAAAGCCAUUCCUUUGUAUGUGCACUACACAGGAAAUACUGAAUGAAAUAAGGAACUCUGGGAGGAGUCUCUUCACUGUAACGUGAAUCUUCAGAUUGUACGCCAAAGUUAGCAAACUAUAUGAAUGCAGUUCAUCUCGUUUAAGACCCCAGAAAGCAUUUAUUGAAUGUAUGGCUAUGGAAAUCAUUAAAAAUGUAAAGAAUAAACAAAUCAAUAAAACUCCCCUCUUUAUGUUGUCA